CAGCUACUCACAGACAGAGCAUCACUGUUUGUCCUGGACUCCCCAGCUGAUCACACAGCUUUUGUGUUGGUGGGCUGAAUAGCAGGUGAAGACAGGAUCAAGAGGGCUGCCACCAUACCCCGGGAAUAGUUACCCCUUUGACCAAGCAGAGGAGGUAACUUCUUAGGUUAAAGUUGGGUUAUAAUUGCCCUAGAAGAGCCAGGGGCCACAUAUUCACUCUCAAAUAAAGCUCUAAAACAUCACUAAAACACCAGCAAUGGGAAACAGCAAGAGCGGAGCUGUGUCCAAAGAGAUCCUGGAGGAUCUGAAGCUCAACACCAAGUUCUCAGAGACUGAAAUUGCCCAGUGGUAUGAAAACUUCAAGAAGCAGUGUCCAAAUGGCCGCAUCUCAAAAGAGGAGUUUCAGGCAAUCUACACCAAGUUCUUUCCAGAAAGCGAUGCCAAUACAUAUGCUCAACACGUCUUCCGCUCCUUUGACACAAACGAUGAUGGCACUCUGGACUUCAAGGAGUACAUCAUUGCCCUCCACAUGACAUCAACAGGAAAGACCACCAGGAAACUCGAAUGGGCCUUCUCGCUGUUUGAUGUGGACAAGAAUGGAUACAUCACCAAGUCGGAGGUCUCGGAAAUCUGCACGGCAAUUUUUAAGCUGAUUCCCCCAGAAGAGAUAGAAACGUUGCCUGAAGAUGAAAACACAGCUCAGAAGAGGGCGGAUAAACUCUGGAACUAUUUUGACAAGGGUGACAACGACCGAAUUGCAGAAGGAGAGUUCAUCCAGGGAGUUUUGGAUAAUGAUGAAGCUCUUCGCUUGAUUCAAUACUCACCUUCAAAGUAGCUGUUCAGACAUUUUCACUGUAUAUUUCUCUAGUUCUGUCAGUCUUUAUUUUGUCCACUUCACCUGACAGCAAUUUCACAAAACAUGAACACAUUGUAGGUGUGAUGAUAGUGACCAGUUGGUGUAAUUUAAACAAUGACACAGAACCUCUUGAAUGGUUUUAUAACAUUUAUUGUAUACCCAUAUGUGCUGUCUAAGUUGCUUACAGCGCAUAAAAUGUUGAGGAUAAAAAUGGGACAAACUGUAAGCAUUUCAAAUUUCAAAGUAUCACAGGUAUGUGUCUACCAUACAGACAACAUCCCCUCUUAAACCGGUGAACAAACUUUUACAGCAUGUAAAUAAAAUGUCCAUCUUCUGAUCGCUUCUUCCACAUUUAGAAACUAAGUAUUUAAUUUGAAUUUCUUAAGAAGAUGAAAGCUACAAAGUGUCAUUCAGAGUAGCCAAAAUUAUUACUACCACAAGUUAUGUUCUACCUCCUUUUCUAACCCAAACCAACAUAUAGCCCAUGGUGUCACUACAGUAAAUGCAGGAGGUUUCCAUUAUCCUGGUCUAAUUUCAUGUCUUUUACAUUCUUUAUUGUAUCCAUAUGUCACAGUCUUAAAUGUUCAAUGUCCUAGUUAAGUGGUGAAUAUGGAGAAUAGACUUGUUAUUGUAAGACAACAUAUGAAAUCAAGUCUUGGUCCUGUGCAAUACACUGAAUAAAACAACAUGUUGGAAUUGUAAUAAAGAGUUAUUAUCAAAAGUCUUUUUUAUGUCGAUGUAAAUCUAAAUCUAAAAACUGUGAUUUCUUCUUAAAAUUAAGAACUUAACAAAAUAACAAAAACAUUGUUAAUGUUGGCUUCUGUAACAUUUAAAAAAUAAUAAUUAAAAUUUAGUACACAAACAUGCAGAUUUUGAUUGACUGAUGCAUGCCACCUAAUUGAAGUUUAUAUGUUUUUGUUCAAGUCUGCAUUUUGUUACUUUUUGCCACAUUAUAACACAUUUACUGUCUGAAAAGGAUUUGGCUUUCCGGUAUACACAUCUGUAGUUCAGGUCAUAGUGAUGUAACUCCACUGUUGAUGCUCCACAGCUAAGUAUGCAGUACUUGCACAAAAUGUCAAGACAAAGUUAAUAAAGCAACCGUGACAAUA